GCGGCAUUCCAAGAGAAUGUGGGGAGGCAGGGAACUUUUCCACAUGGCAUAGACAUCUUAACAGCUGCUGACUAUUUUUCAGUUGGUAACAGGACAAACUGUUUUCUGAACAUAAGUGUAUUUAUUGCUGGAUUCCUAGAGUAUACAAAGCCAAUGAUUGACCAUUUAGUAGAUAUGAAGAUAAAUCAUUGGGACAGCGUGGUCCGGGAGCUGUCUACCAAAGCACUGCACAAUCUUACUCCUACUGCGCCCGAGUAUAUGACCAGUGUGGUGCUUCCCCGUCUGCUCCCUCUGGCUGUUGGAUCAGAUUUGCACACUCGACAUGGUGCCAUUCUAGCCUGUGCUGAGAUCACACACGCCUUGUCCAAGCUGGCAGCCCAGAGUGAUAAACCAGUUACUCACUAUCUGACCACAGGAACGUUAUCUGGAUUGACUGAGAUCCAUCAGAAGCUCCAGGAGCGACAGCUGUACAG